GCAUUAGUUUCCCCGACAGCAAGAGAAGUAACAACAAAAAUGAGGGAGCGAUCGCAUCUAGAGAGUCGAUUACUCUCUCUCGCGGGGUGCUAACAUCUGGUUACAUUUUACAGUUGUAGCGCCAGAGUCUAUUUAGAAUCAUUCGCGGCCCCUAGACCUAGAUCCCAAGUACACCACUUUGGAGCCCGCUCAGUCAGUCAGUCAGUCAGUCAUUCAUUGAGUCAGUUGCGUUGCUCUCUCUGGAGCAACAGACCGCCCGGCUGUUUAUUUAUUUGUGUUUUUUGUUUGUUUGGCUUCCGACAUCAGCGAGGCUUUCGUAUAUGUACAUACAAACACACAUUGACUUUUGAUUUUGGCUUUUUUUCUUUGCUUUUGCUUUUCAUGUUUGUUUACUGUCUUUUUGUUUGCUUCGUUGCGCUGGUGUUAGUGUGGUUAUGCGGUGCUUCGCUGCUUCACUAUGUUUUUCUGUGUGUGUGGAGCGCCAAAGCAAAGGCAAACGCUGCUCGCCGCCGUCGCCGUCGCCGUUGCCGACAGCUUCGGAUUUUGGCCUGAGUUUCAGUCAUCGGUCUGCGGUCUGUGUGUUUCUGUGUCGGUUUCUGUUUCAGUUUCAGUUCGUUUGUGACCGUGUUCGCUCUAGCUCUAGCUCUCCGAACGAGCAGUUGCCGCCUUCCAAUUUGAAAAUAGACAAAAAACCUCUCAGGAGAUCGAAGUACACGUAAUUUUUGUUAUUGUUUUCCAAACUGUUGCUGUUGCUCUUGCACGUGUCAAGUGCCAACAACAAUUAUAAUUAUUUACAUUACAUCUCAAACAAAACAAUUCGAAGAAGCAUAUAUUUUGUUGAAAAAUGGGCUGCGCAACGGGCACCAUUAAGUACUCACUGUUUCUCUUCAAUGCAUUAUGGGCGAUACUUGGCAUAGUGGUUAUAGUAUUUGGCGGCCUUGGCGUUGGGGCAAUGCCUCAGUAUUAUGCCAUAGGCAUCAUGGUACUGGGCGGCGUUAUACUGCUAAUUUCACUAUUCGGCUGCUGUGGCGCUAUUCGUGAAUCUUGCCGCAUGUUGUGGACGUAUGUGACGCUGUUGCUGAUCCUGCUUGCGCUGAUAAUCGCGUUCAUCGUCCUCAAUCCCCGCGACACGUUUAAGAAGUAUGCGAUCCAGCUGGUGGAGCAGCAAUGGCAACAAGAGCUAACCAAGCCAGGCAGCAUGGAUUUUAUUCAGAAGACCAACUCUUGCUGUGGACGCAAUGGACCCGAUGACUACAAAACCAUUGGGCAUGUGGAUGACAUUGUGCCCUCGAGCUGUUGCAAGGGCAACAAUUGCAUGAAUCCAUCGUAUGUGUAUAUCGAAGGCUGUCUCAGCCGGGUGGAGAAGGUCUUUGCUGAUGAGGCCAUAACAUGGCAAUACUGCGAAUGGGGCCUGCUGGGAUUCGAUCUGAUAAUACUGACUCUAGCCAUCAUACUAGCCAUACAUUAUUCGAAUCGCAGACGCCGCUAUAACUAUUAAUGCUUACUUUUAGUCAGUUCUGUAUUUGUACCUCAACUUAAAAUGUCACCAAUGUACCUAUGCCACUUUUGGGCUGAGCACAAAGCCAGUGUUCCCUUGCCAAGCAAAAAACAAAACAAAAAACCAGUGCCUAAAAUAUAACUAAUCUCGAAUAUACAUAAACCAUA